AUGGCGAGACUAACACGGCUCGCUGCCAAACGCCUUCUUGAUAACAAAGAUGCGGACGUCGAAGUGAAACAACGGAAGAGAAGCCACCCUGUCAAUAAUAAAGCUACGGGGCCUGUUGGAGCUGCGAUUGAAGAACCAAAAAGCAAGGAUCCCCUUCGGAGGUUACCCAAUAUCUGUUGUGAUAUUAUUUUAGGUUAUUUGACCCCCAUUGAGCUCAUUCGAUGCGGACAUGUGAGCCGAUUUUGGAGAGAGUACUUGCAAUUGUCAACGAACCUCUCUCGCAUCCGUGCUCACUUUCCCUAUGCUUGGGAAACAGAGAACUGGGACCCUGGAGCUCCAGUAUAUAAUCGAUUUAAGUCAUUAUGUUGGGAAAAUCGUGCACUGGAGCGCGGCGAACCCACUGCAGUCUGGAAAUAUCGCAACACAGACUACUUUCGAAUCGCCGGAGACUUUGUAGUUUCGGCCUUCGAGAAUGAUGAUUCGAUCCAGUGGCAGCAUUUUACGCAUACUGAAGGUGGCCGAGCGGCCAGCAAAGCGAAGACACUGGAUCUUCAUCGUGACAUCUGGGGCCACAAUCGAGUUUCGCUGUUGAAUGUGGAGCUCAACCCGGACGGGUUCGUGUUUUUGAGGGCCAAAGUAGGGCCUAGUAUCUACGCAACUUCACGCGUAACGGAGGAGCCUGCGUUAUUUUGUGACGUUGUCUACUCAUUAACAGAUGAUAAAUGUGUCUGGUCUAAAAAGUCUCCCACAGACAGGACAUACAAACCACUAUUGCUCGGAAAGGAUCGAAUGUACUUUGCCUGCAAAACUUCGAGCGGGCAAUAUGAACUGCUUGCGGUUGAGUUUCGAACCGAUCGCUUGCUGUACCGGGUCCCUGGCUACUCUGCGAGGAGUCACUGUUAUGAUAAUCAUCGAUUGCGAAUUCUCCAUGGUGCCCUUCAGUUAAUCCAACUUGGCGAUGAGGAGUUCCUUAUACAACAUGGCACUAGAUCCUUGUUUGGUAACCGCUUUGGCUUUGCUAGAGAUUUUGCCAUCAUCAAUGGCGCCACUGGCCACGUGGUCCAAACAUUCAGCUACAAUGGGAAUUUUGAAGAAUUCUAUGCCGUAGCAAAGCCGAAAUCUUCUACUUUUGCAAUGGUGGCUUUGCAACCUCUGCGCGCCCUGGAAGACCUUGCAGUGUUGCCUUUUCAAACUUUCUCGCAGGAAACCGACAAAUCCUUCUCGAGAACAGCGAUUCAGAUACUGAGUUUUUCGGACAAGACUACCAGCAUUUAUCAAGUCCUCAUCCAUCCUUUCACACUCAAAGCAUUCUGUGUUUCUAAAAGCGAGGGUCCUCGCGUUAUGACUGUCGUUCCCAACAAUGACCCCAAAAGUCGCAGCUUGGUGGAUAAAGGUAUAGGGGAAUUACUGGUCCCCUUGCAACCCAUCACAAUCGACGAAUACUACUCCGUUGCUGCAAUGCAUCAUCCGCUGACUCUACCUCCAACUAACUCAAACAAAAGGCGAAAACUCAAGGUGCCGAAUUGUCAUGUUCUAGGUAUGGCAUUGGUAGAUGAGCGUCGCAUGUUAUAUAUGAACGUAGACGCAGAACACGACUAUUGCCUGUACCUGUUUGAUUUCACUCCUCGGAUGGUGGGGAAGGAUGGCCCGUCAGGACAACAGGCUUGA